CGCCCGCUUGCGCCGCCUGUCCUUUAAAUUCAUUAUUCCUCUUGCAUUUCUUUCACUCCACCUUAACGCGGAAGUCAGUGACGCACUACUACACACAGCUGCUCAGCGGGGGCAGUGAAAUAAACAAAACGUCGGUAUUCGGUGCCAAACACAGCGGGCAGUGUGAGCAAGGUGUCGUAGUUCAGACCAUCAUGCCCUUUGCUCUGGCAGCAGGACAGGAAGUGCGUGUGUGAGCGUCCCUGGUUGGCUCUGCUGGGAUGAACAUGCCACUGCACCAAAUCUCUGUCAUCCCCCGUGAUGUCACCUCAUCGCGGGUGUUAGGCAGUGGGAAAUCUAAGGACAAGGACAAGCAGAAUGAAAAGCCCCUGGGUCAUUCUGCAAGCAGGUCCAGCAAUAUAUCAAAGGCGGGGAGUCCGACUUCAGUCAACGCUCCAUGCAGUUUCUCAAGGACGUCGGUUUCCCCCUCCAGCCAGGACAUCUGCAGCAGCAGUCAGGAUCAGGACUGUCAGAAGCAGACUGCAGUGGUUCUGUUGAAUUCUAACGGUAAAACAUGUCUAGGUUCAGGAGGUAUUUCAGUGACCACCCUCUGCACAGACGCCCUACCAGCCUCCAAACACGCCAAACAACGAGACUGGCUCUCCCUGCUCCGCCCCUCCUCCAUCAACACCCGCACCAAUGGCUCGCUCAGGUUUUCUGCGUCUCUGAACGACGUGGGCCAGCGUGUGGACAGUCUUUGUCGCGGUCUGCACUUUAUAGACCGCACCUGCUCCGAGGGAGAGCUGGAGCUGAAGCCUGAGCCUGCUCAGCCACCCGGCUCGGAUCAAAGGGCGCACACACUCAAUGGCAAGCUGGCUGCAGCACCCGCACACCAGAACCCAAAUCCAGCCUUCUCAACACGCACCCACCCCCACCUAGUCCCCUGCUUCACCAACAACUACAAAUACAUGUUGGGCAUCCCUCUCACCAAUUGUCUCCCAUCUGACCCUGCCAUCUUCGCCCCUCCUCCUCCUCUUUCCAACACCCACCUCGACCCUCAUCACUCCCUCAGCGCCAACUUCCUCCGUCUCCUCCUUCCCUUCUCUCGAUCCUCUACCUCGGCCAGCCUGCAGUGCUCUGAGCUGGGCAGCUACACCUCUCACCUCCACAUCACCAAGUCCUCUAGCGCCCUGCUGGAAGGCAGUGAGUCAGGGUUUCCCCCUGAGGAUCUACUGGGAGAUGACGACGUGUUUGAGGAGGACCGGUGCAGUCCAGCUCCAAAGGGCACGGGCCAGCUGGCAACCCCAGAAACAGUCACCGUGGCUGGGCCAGGUGGUCUUCUAGCCCCCCUGUGCUAUAUGGAUGAGGACAGCGACUUGGACUGCUGCCCAUCCCCUUUGUCAGAGAAAACUGGGCCAUUGUCACCCUAUUCACUAUCUGAGGACUGCUGCAGGAUUUGUCACUGUGAAGGGGAUGACGAGAGUCCUCUGAUCACACCAUGCCACUGCACGGGGAGCUUGCGCUUCGUCCACCAGUCCUGUCUACAGCAGUGGAUCAAGAGCUCUGACACUCGCUGCUGUGAGCUCUGUAAAUAUGAGUUCAUCAUGGAGACCAAGCUCAAACCGCUGCGCAAGUGGGAGAAGCUACAGAUGACGGCGAGCGAGAGGAGGAAGAUCAUGUGUUCGGUCACCUUCCAUGUCAUCGCCAUCACCUGCGUGGUGUGGUCACUCUACGUUCUCAUCGACAGAACAGCAGACGAAAUCAAAAACGCCGGAAGAAUCCCAGGGAUCAUGGAAUGGCCUUUCUGGACCAAGCUGGUGGUGGUGGCCAUCGGCUUCACGGGUGGACUAGUGUUCAUGUACGUCCAGUGCAAAGUCUACAUCCAUCUAUGGAGGAGACUCAAGGCUUACAACCGGGUCAUAUACGUCCAGAACCGGCCAGAAACGUGUAAAAAGCUUGCACUGGAGAAGCCACCUCUCUUGGAGCCGAGUCUGGAUAACAAGGAGGCUCUGGCCCCCACCCAGUCGGACACAAACUCCUCCCAGUACACAGAGACAGAGGACUACAGUAUGGAGGUGCUCCAUGUCUGACCACGCAGUCCAUGUCAUUGGUUGUCCUACUCUUACUACACACACAAACAAGCCCGCAGUGAAGAGCGGCAGUCGUGAAAAUGCUCUGUGACUGAGGAACGACUAAAUGCUUCCCUUCUCCUGAUCCCGGACUGACCCACCGCCCUCCUCCGGUCAUCUUAUAUUCCCAAAACUCCAUCCACUUCUUCUAUCCACAUUCCUGCUAUCAGACCUUAUUUCCUCCCUCCACCUGUGCCCUCAAUCCACACUCUCGCCUCUUUCCUGUCCCAGGACCGGACUGUUUUUACUGACUUCUGUACAUGUCUGAAGAGGCCUGGAGCAUACCACUUUAUACACACACACACACACACACACACACACACACACACACACACACACACACUUGUACACCUCUGGGGGAACAGGACUGAGACAAAUAGACUCACAAACUGAUACGUGGUUUGUUUACUUGUGGGUUUGUUAAAUUUGUUCGUUUUUACCUACUGUGAGUCUUGGGCUAACAUGCCGUCGAUCAGUAUGUAGCGCCAGCGCAUCGGAUCUCUGGAACAUUCCAGCUACUGCCAUCUCUGUUGCUGUGGUCUGUCAGCUCCGAGCUGGUCUGGAUUCGACCUGGCCUCGAUCUGGACAUGCAUCAAAGCACUUUUGUUUUUUAGUUCCCACAACAGAUCCCCUCCCUUCCUCUUUGCUCCUCUAUUUUUUUUCUUUAAUAUGAAUUAAGUCUUGUACAUGGGGGAGAGCACACACAAACAAACUUGGAAAUGUUUGUUUCCUAUUUUAUUUAACAUUGCAUUUCCUCAUACGCACAUACACGUAUAUAUUAACCCUCCCAUGGAUGACAAAAAAAGGAAUUUGGGUUAAAAAAUGGAGUCAUGCUGAAAGAAACAUUUGAGUGCUUUAGUCAAAACAGUGAAAAAAUUAGUUUUGGAAAUGACAUGUCAGGCUCAUAGCUCUAACACAGAUAAUGGAAAAUCCAGCCACAUGAUUUCUCUACCCCACAAAAACUUUCUGAAGGCUUUGAGAAUGUAAACUUUUUAAAAAAAUAUAUAUAAAAAAAAAAGCAAAAAAAGCAAACAACAUUUUUUACUGGUCACGGGAAAUUGCGAGAUAAUUUCCAUGUCUUGAGAUCAUAAACGAGAGCCUAAACAGCAUUGCUCAUGUUUUUCUAUCAUGCGAAUGACACAGCAUUUACAGUGUGAUAUUCCAUGUGCAGUUUUAAUAUGUUGAUUUGUUUGCUUAGUCACAGGAUACGCCUUGAGAAAUCCACAGCUGCUUAUUUUCAGUCUGUCCUCCCAUCGCUCCCAUUGUGCAGGCCGUGCAUUGAUUGACCCAAAAUCGAAAGUUUUGAUUAAAAACCAGGCAGACUGUAACUGUGUGUAUUUAAGUUUGACUGCUCAAAAUAAGCUUUGGGCUAUUUUUUGCUCUGCAUGUCAGGACCUGCACAUUUACAAUCCUUCUCUUAAAUUAUGUUAACACACUUCAGCACAAGGUAUAAGGUGCUGAUGUUUGGGCGCAAUGUAUGGGAUCAUUACCUGGCAUUUCAGACGAGCAAAAGUCUUAGUUUCAGGUUUCAGUGAAAGUGUCUUGUUUCAUUUUGCCAGACUCUUAUCACAUGGUGGAGGAUGUCUAUUUUAGUAUUCAAUCACAAGACAGCCAGCAUGUUGCCUCUCAUUUUGUGUUUUUCUCACAUCUGGCCUUAUGUGGCUCAAAUGAGAGUUAAAGUUGUUCCAACACCGCUUUUUUUCCAUUUCACAAAAAAAGCACAGUGUAAAUACUGUAACUGCAUUAUUUCAUCAUUCCAGAGGAUUUUUACAUUUCCACUGUAGCUCAUUCUCAUUCAUCAACAAACAGAUCAUUUAUUUUGCAAUAAAAGCAAUGUAAUACAUCUAUACAUUUGCUGCCUGUGACAGAUAUACAGUGUCAAUAUUAAUAUCACUAAUUGACAAGCCGACUGGAGCGCCACCUACUGGUGUGAAGCUAAAAGUUGCAGUCUGAGGUGGGCAGUGGUUGAUUUCUCAGGGCCAUGUGUUUUGGGCUUACAGUCAUUGUUAGUGCUUUUGUGUAUGUGGGAGCACAGUAAUGCUAGGCUCAUGUUGAGCCUCACAGCCAUUCCAGCAACACACACAUUUUUAAAAACUAGUCUUUGAUACCAGUAACACUGUCUGUGAACACUGAUGGUCCAACAACAAACCUAACAAUUACUGCUCAGCAGCAGCAAUAAAUGAAACCUGCGCUUUGUUUUUUGCAACAAUACAUACUGUACUUGUGUAUACGCCCCAUGGUGACUUGAGAUCUGGAGUCUAAUAUAAUUUUAAUACAUAAUAUGAGCCGAGGGAGUUGUUGUGUGUCAAGAUGGAUUAAGACCUAGAGUAACGAGUAAUACCCUUGAGGCUCAGUGCAAUUAGACAGAUUAAAAAGUGCAAUUACCCUUUCGUUGUUGUUCUAUUCUAUAGUUAUGUAAUGGUGUUUUAAUGUCCAGGGUGUCCUCUUGGUAUAAAAUGAUUAUUUCUUCAUUUUGUGUUGUAUUUAUUUUUAAAAGAAAAUAGAGUACAAUUUGUUCAUUUAAAAAUCCCCUUUCAUUAGUAAUUUUAUGCAACUUAUACUUCGUUUUUUUCUCCAGGCAUAAAUAUCACAAAAUCGCUUUCACUCUUUGUUUUACGUUUAAGUUUGUCAUUUAGACAUUAGAGCUGUAAAAAGCUUGGUCGCUUGACCUUAAUGUGAAUAUCUACUCUUCCUUCUGGCUUUUUAAAUUGCUUAAUGAAUUUUGCUUUAAAUAUGCAGAAUACAGACAUUUAACCACAGCAUCAAAUUCAAACAUUUCAUGUUUUUUACAUAAAAACAACAUGGGAUAGUAGUUUUUAGAUACAAGAAAAGUAUAGUUUCCUUGAGAUGGAAGUUUAAAGAUGGACUAUAGAUUGUGCUUUUUUUUUUUUUUUUUUUUUACUUUCUACUCAUGGGAGCUGGCUCCUUUCAUGAAGUCUGAGAAAUAAGUUUUGAUUUAAUCCUGAUGAAGAUUGAGGCCAUUUUAGGACAUUUUUAGGCAUGAUCCUCUCUGAGAGCAGCUUUUUCUUUUCCUUUCUUUCUUAGUGUCUCUAUCACCAUGAACUGAUUGCUUCAUUGUGUAAUCCUAUUGACAUCAACUGAGAGGGAAAGGGACUCUUUCAGCCUUUCUGUCCCAGUAUUUUCAGUUUAAGUCUAGAUUUUUCUGUCUGGCUUUACCCUGUCAGUUAAAUUUGAUCAUGUCUGGGAAUAGUGUAACUUGCAUAAAGCUAUAUUUGUUUACUACUGACUGGACUUGAACAUAUGACUGUUCCCCUGUCUAAUAUCAUUCCACAAGUUUGUCUGUGAAUUUACUUUCUUACUUUGGAAUAGUAACUGUAAAGAAUUUGGUAUUAGUACAUAUGUUUUUAAAAGAAAUAUUGAUGUGUUUUCAGUUUAAUUGCCCAUUAUUGUACAAAAGUAUGUAGAAUUAAAAAGAACAACCAAAUAAAAAUUAAGUUACUUUUAA